AUGGGAGGAACCAAAAAACCAUCUCUCAACUGCUGCUGCUGCAACCCCUUCACCUGCUGCUGCGGCUGCCUCCUCGACUGCAUCUGCACCUGCAUCUGCCAGAUCAUCCUCACCAUCCUCACCGUCGUCGCCAUCGCCGCCUUCGUCCUCUGGCUCGUCUUCCGGCCCAACACCGUCAACUUCCACGCCACCGAUGCCUCCCUCACCGAGUUCUCCAUCGACGCCAACCAUACCCUCCGCUACGACCUCGCCGUGAACCUCACGGUCCGGAACCCCAACCGCCGCAUAGGGAUCUACUACGACCGGAUCGAAGCCAGGGCUUUCUACCAGGGGCAGAGGUUCAACUCCGUCGACCUGCCGCCUUUCUACCAGGGACGCAAGAGCACGCGAAACGUCACCGCGGUUUUCAGGGGGCAGCACUUGCUUCCGCUCGGGAAAAGGGAGAUGUCGAACUACAACAGGGACGGCGGGGACGGCGCGUACGACAUCGACGUGAAGCUCUACCUCCGGACAAGGCUGAAGUUUUGGUUCGUGAAGUCGACCAUGGUGAAACCGAAGAUCGACUGCGGUCUUAGAGUUCCGCUGAAAUCCAACGGCACAGUCGCGGGUACGUAUGAAUCGAGGAGGUGCGAUUUCGAUUGGCGCUGA